CUCCUCUCCUCUCCUCAACCCUCCGCACCACCAAAUCCCGCUCGCAGCCAUUUGCCCGCAACUUAUAUAGGGUGCUGCCGGCCAAUGGGAGAGCUCGCUCGGCGUGACGUGGGCGGCCAGCCGCGCAGGCUCAGUCAGCCGCUGCCCUCUUGAGUUUGAGCGGCGGAGUAAAGAUGGCGGCGGGUUCGGAUCUGCUGGAUGAUUUCUUCAACACGGACGUGGACGAGAAAGUGGUCAGCGAUCUGGUGGGCUCCCUGGAGUCCGAGUUGGCAGCCGCGGCCCACCACCACCAUCACCACCACCACCCGCCGCAGCAGCCACAGCCGCACCCGGCGCCCCCCGAGAUCCGCAGCCAGGCCCUAGCCAACCAUGUUGCCAGCCCUGCUGGGGUAGGGGCCACUGCCGCCGCCGGGGGCCAGCCAGAAGCCAAGAUCGGACUCCCCCAGGACCUCCCUAAGACCGGAGCAGCCGUACCUGGAGUCCAAGGAGGCGUUAUUAACAAUACCCGACCGCAAACUGCAGCUCAGGUGGAUGGCGUUCAGUCUGCUGGAUCAGAGGCAGGAGGAGUCCUCAGUCAGGCCAAAGCCGGGGUCCUUGGCAACAUUGUAACUGCUUUGCCCAACCACGGCUCGGGCAAUGGCAAACCUGCGGCCCUUCAGGCCAUGAACGGGAAUAACGUCAUUAUCAAUUCUCACGUCCCCGGGGGGCACGGAGCUCCGUUUCAGGGGAACAGCAACCCGGCACCCGGAGUUAAUAUCGUGAACAAUGGCCCCGUUCCUGUCACUAAGGGUGGCGUCAACGCAGCCGCCAAUACGGUGAUCCAGACUUCUUACCUUGCGACCACGAACGUGUCGACCUCUGUCAUCUCGUCAUCUGCAUCGACCGCGGGGGCAGCUGGACAGCCCACAGGCAUGGCAGGUGUACCCACUACUGUAGCGCUGGUGAGACCUCUUGUGCAUCAGGGAGUGCCAGCCACCCAGAACGGAAGCAAUACUGUGAUCAAUUCCCCUUUGCCAGCUCCCGGUGGGGUACCCUUGCAAAUGAACAGCCAGCCCAGCCCGGUGCCCAGCCAGGUGAUCAAAUCCGAGCCCCCGAAAACUAUCAUUCAGACUCCUCAGCAGAGCCAGCCGGCCCACGGGAAUAUGGUUAUUGGACAGACUAUGCAAGUGGGACAUCCAGGCCCUGGGGGGGCAGCUCCUGGGCCCGGCACCCCAACGGCAAUGGGCAAACCUACAGUCAGCAUUGUGCCUCCAAGCUUGCCAAGGACUCCUACAGCACCGCUUGGCGGCAUCAGGGCGACCAUAACGCCACCCAUGUUAGCGCCGCGCGUGCCACCACCUCAGAACCAACCAAACAUCCAAAACUUUCAGCUUCCCCCAGGGAUGGUCCUGGUACGGAGCGAGAAUGGGCAGCUGUUGAUGAUCCCCCAGCAGGCGCUGGCCCAGAUGCAGGCUCAGGUUCAAGCACAGGCCCAGUCCCAGGCGCAGGCCCAGGCGCAGGCCCAGGCCCAGGCCCAAGCCCAAGCCCAAGCCCAGAAUGCCAUGGCUAAUCGGCCUGCUACGCCCACCAGUGCAGCACCGGUGCAGAUCUCCACAGUACAGUCCCCCGGCGCACCUUUGAUGGCACGGCAGGUCACGCCAACUACCAUCAUCAAGCAAGUCUCUCAGACGCCAACGACUGUGCAGCCCACCACGACACUACAGAGACCCCCUGUUGUACAAAAUCAGAUAGUGCUCAGCAGCACAGCGCAAACUGCCACUUUGGGGACAGCGUCCGCGGUCCAGACGGGAACCCCGCAGAGAGCGGUGCAAGGAACUGCUACCCCAGCGACAGCCACCACGGAAACCAUGGAAAAUGUGAAGAAAUGUAAGAAUUUUUUAUCCACUCUCAUAAAACUGGCCUCAUCGGGUAAACAGUCUUCAGAGACGGCAGCUAACGUUAAAGAGCUAGUACAGAAUCUGCUGGAUGGGAAAAUUGAAGCAGAAGAUUUCACCAGUAGAUUAUACAGAGAACUGAACUCUUCACCUCAACCUUACCUUGUGCCUUUCCUAAAGAGGAGCCUCCCUGCCUUGCGCCAGCUGACCCCUGACUCGGCAGCCUUUAUCCAGCAGAGCCAGCAGCAGCAACCGGCCCCCCAGGCCACGACGGCCCUCACCGCGGUCAUGCUGAACAGCUCUGUACAGCGAACAGCUGGCAAGACCACUGCCACCGUCACAAAUACAUUACAACAGCCUGUCAUCAGCCCCGCACAACCUGCACAUUCGAAACCUGGCCAGCCAACUCCACUGGUUAUCCAGCAGGCACAUAAAGCCGGGGCAGUUGUAAGACAUCAACAGGUCACAUUGACCCAGACGCCCAUGGUAGCACUUAGACCGCCUCAAAGCCGAAUUAUGCUCACCACUCCACAGCAGAUUCAGCUAAACCAGCUGCAGACAGUCCCCGUGGUAAAACCGAAUGUCGUAGCCGGAAUGAAAGCCUUUCCCACGACGGCAGCGCAAGCAGUGGCCGCACAGAAAAACAAGUUAAAAGAGCCAGGGGGAGGAUCGUUCAGGGAUGACGAUGAUAUCAAUGACGUGGCUUCAAUGGCAGGAGUGAACCUGUCAGAGGAAAGUGCGCGGAUAUUGGCCACAAAUUCGGAGUUAGUGGGGACGUUAACGCGAUCUUGUAAAGAUGAACUGUUCCUUCUGCCUGCAGUAUUACAGAGACGGAUACUGGAGAUCGGUAAGAAACACGGCAUAACGGAAGUCCACCCCGACGUGGUCGGUUACGUCUCGCACGCCACGCAACAGCGAUUGCAAAACAUCGUCGAGAAAAUCUCCGAAAGCGCUCAGCAAAAGAACAUCACUCACAAAGAGGACGAUCGGUACGAUCAGACAAGUGAUGUUCGGACGCAACUUAAGUUCUUCGAACAGCUCGACCAGCUAGAGAAGCAGAGGAAAGACGAACAGGAGAGGGAAAUUCUCAUGCGGGCAGCAAAGUCUCGGUCACGGCAGGAAGAUCCAGAGCAGUUAAGGUUAAAACAGAAAGCAAAGGAGAUGCAGCAACAGGAAUUGGCACAAAUGAGGCAAAGAGAUGCCAACUUAACAGCGUUAGCAGCUAUCGGCCCUCGAAAAAAGAGGAAAGUGGAUUCCCCGGGCCCUGGUUCAGGGUCAGAGGCAUCCAGCACCAGUACGACACCCUCCAGCAGCUCCGGAGCAGGCAGUAGCAGACAGUUUACACGGCAGCGGAUAACACGUGUCAAUCUCAGGGACCUCAUAUUUUGUUUGGAAAACGAGAGAGAGACAAGCCAUUCACUUUUGCUAUAUAAAGCAUUCCUUAAGUGAAAUAAAACAAUAACCACAAAAACA